AUGGGAAAGUCUGGGUUCCCCUCCGAGCCCCCGCCCACCUCCGCAUCCACCUCCGCAUCCACCUCCCCUGCUGCAGUAGCUGCCGCGGCGGCGGCUGCCACUGCUACCUCCUCAUCCGCAUCCGCCUCCCCCAAGGGGGACACCGCAGCCUUGGCCGCAGCAGCGGCGACAGCCGCGCUGGCCUCCGCCCCCUCCCCAGCCAGGGCGACCGCCGCCUCCCCCAGGAUGGCCUUGGCCGCUGCAUCUUGCGCUGAGGCCUCGGCCUCCACCUCAGCCUCCACCUCUGCUUCCGCCUCCGCCACGGAGGCCUCCGCCACUGCCUCUGCCACCGUCGCCGCCGCAGCCUCGGCUGCCGCCGCAGCCGCUGCCGCCACCGCCGCUGCCACUGUCGCCGCUGUCGCCACGGUCACCGCUGCUGCCGGGCCGCUGCCGCGACCUCCCUUCCUGAACACUGAGGGAGAGAAGAGGCCAGGGAGGGCCGGAGGGCCGGAGGACGCAGAAACCGGGGCCCGGCCGGGGGCGGCGCAAGUGGGAGCUGGGGCGGGGGUGGUGCGCAGCUAG